GUUUUUUUUUGGGGGGGGGGGGUGGGGUAUCAAGGAGACUGUAUCGAUUUGGAUCUUGGAAUUGGAAGUGGUAAAAUCCCAGAUAACAAUAUAACCGCCUCCUCUGAGAUAUCAGAAGCCAAGAAUGGACGUUUGAACGAACAAAAAGCAUGGUGUGCGUCUACAGGAGAUGCUAAACCUUAUUUACAAAUAGACCUGGAAAGCAUCCAUAUUCUCUGUGCUGUGUCAACACAAGGAAAUCCAAAUGCAGAUCAGUGGAUAGAGACCUACAUAAUCCAGGUAUCAACGGAUGGAACAACGUGGACAGAUUAUGAGGAACUUGGUCAAAAUAAGGUAAGUUUCUGCAUUCCUUCCACUUUAUCUAUGCCAACUCUUUUAUAAAAAACGAUAACAACCACAAACCCAACCAAAUAGAGUGAUUUUCGUAUGACCUUGAAAUGAAAACGUGCUAACAAAACAGAAACAACAAACAAACGGAAAUAGAGCGAUUUGAUUGGUUUAUAGGACGGACAUAAACGUACGUGGCUUUUGGUUGGUUAAGCGAACGCUCGGUUGAAAAAACGUCAUGCCCGAGAACUUUCUAGAAAGUAAUCGAUAAUUUGCUUUGACGUCAUACUGCAACACGAUUGGCCAAUCGAACAAUUAGGGUUUUCUUUUGUGGGAAAAAGAAAAGGCCAAGUUUUGAUCAUUUCAUCCAUUGGCUGAUAAAACAAAUAACAAAAACUUAGCGAAACCAUUUUUCAAGAUCAUACGAAAAUCGCUAUAACAACAAAAACCAAACCAAACCAAAACAAGAAAAAGCAAAAAUAACAAAGAAGUAGCUGGCGUAUCAAGAGUUUUCCAAUAGGUUUUUGUCCUACGACUAAUUAACUAGCUAGGAAACGCCUUCGAGCCAUCUUAAUACCUUAUCAGUUAAAUUGCAUAUGAAACGAAAUUUUCUCAAACUGAUUUUAGUCCGUCCAUAGAUAAGUAUCAUUAACAAUUGUUAACUUUUAAAAAAAAUGUCUUCUUAAAACGUUCUUGAAUUUUGGCCAUCCAGAAAACUGCUUUUCCCCCUUCAGAAAUGUCCCAAAGACUGAGAACAAACCGCCGGCUUCCAAUUCUUGUCAUUGCUUUGUGUUCUGUGCGGAGUUAAGCGAUGUAACUGACUGUAACGAAGGCUUGGGGAAGUAAAUGAAGAUUCUGAAGAUUAUUGGAGCGUUUCCGACAAUGCAAAAUCCUUUGUAUUUGCCUCCAUCUUGUUAAUUAUUCUAUAUUCUUGCACUGAGAAUCAUUGUACGUCACACUUGUUAACUGGUCGUGCGGUCGGUAGGGUGCGGACAUUUUUGAAGGCAAAAUUGCGUGCUUUGGGGACGAAAGCUUAGAUUUUGCUAGAUCAUUGACCUGUAAAUUUCGGUUACAUAUUUUACACAUAUUGUAGAACUUAAGGACAAAAAGAAAAUUUGAGUCACAAACACUUAAACUGAAAGCUUCUGACUAUUACAAAACGAGGAACUCUUUCGAAAUGUAAAUGAAAAGUGUUUAUCUAUUACGUUGUAUUGCCUUAGUCAUGAAAAAACUCGAUUAGAAUAACUGGCUAAUGACAAUAAAAAUGAUGUUGAUUAAAGUAAUAAUGACAAUAACAUGAGUAACGGAGAAGACAAUGAUAAAAGUACUAUCUGUAAAACUGACAAUUUCAAACUUCCCUGAUUGUUGACGCAAUCCCUAUAAAAAAUAGCCAUGUUGUUCUUAUAAAAACCCUGGGUAAAUGUAUGUGCGUACUAGCUAUUUUCCCUGUUUUGAAAUAUAAUAGAUUGACUGUAUCUAUUUUGACGGUUUAAUAUGGCUGAACUGUUGUAUUGUGGUUAGACUUUCACAGGUAACAAAGACAGAAAUACAGAGAAUAAAAACAUCCUCUCUGAGGGUGUUUUAGCGAAAACACUGAGAUUCGUUGGUCAAACAAGUCACAACAGGUUCUGUCUGAGAACAGAAAUAUAUGGAGUAAAACUAAAGCCAGGUAAACGAUUUUUGCUUAUAAUUACCCCAGCGGAAGGGAUACCCUUCGGAGUUCUUAGUGAUUUGUGCCUCCCGGCUUUUACAGUAGGCCCGGAUUCUAUUUCAGAUCAGAAAGGGAAAAAGUUCCAAUUUCGGUUUCAUUGACGUGCGUCUUUCAAAAACGCCGAAAUGUCGUGAUGAAAUACAAUCGUAAAUAGUUGGAAAUUCGAAAACUUCCGGAAAAUCCGACGAGAGAUCUCAACCUCGUCCCCAGAGUCUUCUCAUUGGAAAACGAGAAGACCCUGGGGUUGACGGAGAGAUCUUGGUUCCAGACUUCACGCUGACCGCGAAUUUUAAAAUGGCCGCCAAAGAGAACGCAAGAAGCAAGUUAUCUUUAUUCAGUUGUUAAGAUUUAGUCGGAUUUCAGAACUCCCUGUGUUAUUUUCGCUUCUACGCGACCUUCGAAAUUGAGGCCGCUUGGAAGUCGAAUGAUAAAAACAGAGAUAGAUGCAGGCGUGUUGAGUCGCUUGAUUGAGGCCGGGGAAUCAUUGGUACUACCGAAAGAAUAGAAGGCCCAGUUGUUGGAAGCGGGGUUAAAUUUAACCCGGGUUUCAUUUUCUUGUGUUCAAAAGAAGUUUCUCGGAUAAUUUUCUCUGUUAUUUUUAGAGGUUCUAAUCAUUAACUUGUUGACAAAAAGAAUUAAAAAUGAAAUGCUUUUUAAGCUUUCAAAUGUAAAUGCAAAUCUCGUACUAACCGUGGGUUAUCUUAACCCAGCUUUUGAACGACUUGGCCCAGGGCUACUCAGGUCCUCCUUGUUGAGAGGGUUUGAAGAACGUUCCAUAUAACAAUAGACGCUUUUGUUGCUAUUUAAUGAUGUGGUUAUAAGUGGCCCUGUGUUGGGUGCCUAGCGGUAAAUCUAUUUCCAAAUUGCUGUUUAAUUAUCAUGACAGUGGAAUCAUUGGGCUAUUGCAUUUAAUAUCCAUACCUUCCGCCCCUGGAAAUGGAAUUCUUUAGGGGUAAGUAACAAAAACUGAGGAUUUUUUUAGGGGUAGAGUUAAAAAAACAAUAUAUGGAAUGGUUUGGGGGUGAAGAUUUAAUUUUCAUGGAAUUCUUCAGAGGUAGAACCAUAAUUUUUUUCAUGGGGAGAUCGAGCCGUACUCAUCCGGGGUACACCAAUAUUCUUCUGGGGUAGGAACCAUAUUGUUUAGAAGUCUUCCGGGGUGAAUGCAAUUUUAUGUAAUUUUCAGGGUUGAGAAGUGAAGUUAUGUGCUUAACCGUGGGAGGUGGGGGUACGGUUAUUAAACCAAGGAGCCCAUUGUUAAACAAAAUGCUAAUUUACUCCCUUUUUUCCCCCCAAAUCCUUGCCUUCCUAGCUGCCUUCCUGUGAAGUAUGAGACCUACGUGUCAUCCUUGGAAUUUACCCUAUGACAGCACGUUAAAGAUAUUUGUACCUUGUUAAGUCUUACUUAAUUCAGCUUAGAAAAUAUGUAAGAAAUCAUCUGGUGGGGUAUGGAGAGAAAAAUGCCUCUCCUCUUCCGAUUUCUCACACACCCCAUUGGUGUCUACCACAAUCAUUAAACCCAGCGAGUUAGUCACAGGUAUCUGCUAAACACAAUGCUUAGAAACUACUAACAAUUUGUAUGAGCCUUCACUUUUCUGAUACACUGGACUCUGCCCUUUUUACUGUUUGUGGUACAGUAAAACCCCACAUAUAAGAACCUAGUUUUUUCAAAGUCAGCCUGAACAGGUUCUUAUAUAAAUGGUGCUUAACUUGAAAUCAGGCAAUCCAGGUUCUUAAAUGGGUUAGUUUUGGUAACAAAUAAAGUACUUGUAUUGGUGGGCAUAGCCUUUAUUAAAUUAUUCAGACAUUUUCACGCUAGUUGCAUGAAAUAUAGUAGAGUGCAGUGUAAGUACGCUAACAUGCAGAGUACUGUAUUGUAUUAUUUGAAGAAAAUAAAACAGAUUGACUUUAUAUUACUUUGGAAAUUAAGAACCUACUUUGAAAUUUCAACCUGAAAUGGUUCUUAUGUGAAGGGUGCUUAAAAUGAAAAUUUCAGCUUGACAGGUUCUUAAAUUUUAGGUUCUUAUACGUGGGGUUUAACUGUAUCUGAAGCCUUAAAGGUUACAGAAGAGAAGCUUGUUCGUGUAUCUCAAAAUCUGUCUGAGAAACAACUAACGCCAAAAUCCUUGUUCUGGGCCCUCACCUGUGUAUAAGGAUUUGGAAAAUUGCCACGAUUGGACUCUUGUGGAUUUGCCGAUCAGUUUGACAGGAAACUUGAAACACGCUUCUGGCAAUUAUUCCUUGAGUCCUUUGGUGGCCUGAAACAAUCUUGGUGCUGCUUCACAGAAGUUACUAACCAAGAUUGAAAUAAGUCUAAGUGAAGGCUCAUGUUUCAUUCAAAAAAACACAUUUAUAUGAACUUUAUCUCCAUAAUAUAUAACCUGUGUAGAGAACCUAGCUUUUGGAAAGCGGACAGAACAAAGUAGCACCUGCUGUGGUGCUAGUUCUUGGAAGGCAGUGGAUGGAAAUGUUACUACAAACUUUGAUCCUGGUGCUCAGUGUGCACAUACACAGCAAGAUAACCCCAGUUGGUGGUGGGUGGACCUAGGUUCAGACAACGUGCCAGUCUCUGAGGUGCUCAUAGUCAACAGGUUCUCACGCCGUGAAGACGUAAGACAAAGAAAUAAGGACUUUGUACUAACAUUAGGUCAGUAGUUUUGUUGUUGUUUUUGUUGUUUUCUACACAGAAUAAUUAUUAGCAUUGAUUUAUUUUUAUUUCUUUUUCAACUAUUUAUUAUUUUAUUAUUUUCCUUUCAGUUUUUAUCUUAUGUUUUUAUUUAUUUAUUAUUUCUGCUGUAUUCCUCUUUGUUAUGAUAAAAAAAAAGUGUGAUCAAACAACCAAUAAUUAGAGGUGCAUACAUAGCCUGAAGAAAACAACUGAGGCAGCUCUCUAAUGGCAAAAAAUUACAUUAUAGGGGCACUUAAUCACUUUUACUUGCCAAACGCAAGGAGUUGUGGUUAUGCGUGAAUGAAAGCUUACGGAUGCGCAGUACACCCGCAAGGAAUUAUGGUUUUGCCGGAAUGGAAGAUAAAAAGCGUAGUGGAUUACCACGUGCUUUCUUCUUACACUGAUUUUCAACUGCAAUUUGAAUAAUCUCGUUUCAAAAGUAUACGAACAAAAAGGUCUAAUUUGCGUAAUUAGCGUAAUUAGUCUAAUUAGCAAAAUAGCGUAGCAUAUGGACAAAGAAAUAGCCUCACUGGAGCAAACAGCCGUUUUAAAAUCUUUCAAGCAUAUUUUUUAAAUAAAUCAGUUUUAUUAUUUGCUGUGGCUAUAUGGCCGGUAACCGGUCAGGAUUUACAAAACACUAAGUGACCGGCAGUCUGAUAUUUUGACUAUAGUGAUUAGGGUUUUAAAGGCACUGACGAUACUGAUUAGGGUUAAGCACUGAAAAACUAAUUAGGGUUAAGCACUAUCCAUACUGAGAAUAGUGAUUACGGUUAAAGGUUAGCUUGUAUUUUUGGAAAGGUCAUGUAGCAGCUCUUCUAGCCCUAAAAGCCAAAUUACUACCCUAACCUGAAACAAUGGAAAUAAUGAUGAACAUUGUUGUAUUAAUGUUUUCCCCGACCGAUUAAAAGACCCCUUACGAGCAGGGAGAGAAUCGUACGGUCAUACGGUUCGGUCGAUAGCCGCGCGAUCGAUAGUUCAUAAAUUUCUUAAACGUUCCCCAGCAUGGAUUAAGCCUGAAAGAGUAUUAAUGGGUUUAUUGUGAGUUAUACGUCUAGCUUCGAUCAGCUAAAGAUUUAAUUCUACACUAAAAUUAAAAAAAAAAACCGGAAAAGUCAUCCUUGAAAACUGUCAAUCACCAUAGAGAAGGAAUACAAACCUCUUUUAAUUAACAAUUAGUCGCCGGAGGCGACGUGAAUAUCGGCGAAGAAUAGCGGCGAAUCGUCACCGAGACGAAGUCGAGGUGAUUAUUGGCCGAUAUUCACGUCGCCUGAGACAAGUAAUUAGUCUCGCUUGCUUGAGCAAAGCGAGACUCUUAAAAUGCAGUCGUUUUUUUUUUUUUUUUUCCGGUGGGACCUAGUUUGUAGGCCCCGCGUCCCUAGCGAAGACCGUGGAAACUGGGGAUAAGAAUCGUGACGACUUUCAUUGUAUUGAAAUGAGUCUCGUGAUGAGAAUGCAGUUUAUUUCGGGGAUGACUGAAAUGACGCAUAUAAGUUUGGCAAUGACGUAAUUUUCCUCGAAUGGAGGCCCUUGAUGUUCGUGUAAUUAUGCACGACAUGCAGGCACAUCCCCAAGCAGGAUGAAAAAAUAUUAUAGCGGGGAAAUCCUCAGGAUUUUGUGGCUUUUUAAGGCGUUACGUUUCUCAGAAUAUUGUCGCAAUUACAGGAAAUGUACGGUUGAAUAGAUUCACUUUGUUUUCUGUAUUUAAUUGAUAGAUUUUCGCAGUUGUUACGAUGUGAAGUCAUGUUGCACUUCAUAAAUGCUUAAUAUAUCAAGUAUCCACUGGCACGUAAUUUUUACGCGCGCACGUGCGUAAAGGUUGCAUUCGCAAAUAAAAUAAAGGCAAUGUAUGAAAGGCUGCACGUACAAUUAUGUACGCGUAAAAGUAGAAACUCGCUUAAUUUGACAUUUAAUCUCAAUACUUUAUGUCUUACCUCUAUUUGAUUUACGUGAUUAAAAUUUACGUGCGUUAACGUGCGGAGCCAAAAACGCAUUAGUGGAAAUCCACCCUAACGUGUCACGGAUGUGUUUAUACGGAUAGCUUUGAACUUGACUAACCGCACACUCUACUUGCAGCACUUCAUGUCCAUAGUUAAUAGAAAUCCCAUAUCGAGCUUUUCCGGAACGGGUUGGUCCAAGAAUUCUAUGGCUUGAAAGGGUUGAUUAUUUUUGAACAACUGAUCACUUCAGUGGUCGAAAAAAGAAAAAAGAAUAAUCUUAAUGAGCAAAACUUCAAGGUUUAGUGGAAAAUCAGGAUCGAGGAUCGAGGAUCGAGGAUCGAGAAAUCAGGGAUCAAGGAUCGGUUAAAAAGAACUUGAAAAUAAAAUAAAUGAAUAAAAAAAAGUCGUGGAUCAGUGAUGAUGAGGGCCGCAGACUGUAGAUAAAUUUCACAGAACAUAACCCCGUUCGCUGUACUGAACGCUAAAUUCAAGCAAACUAAUCCGAGUCUGUCUGAGUCAGUGAUUGUUUUGACGAAAAGCGAAAUUUUCGGAGAAAAUGAAACGCUUUAUUCUGGUCAUACUGUAAUACAAGAAAAAACUUUUAACAGUUUUUAAUUUUUAAGUGUACAUUUGCUGUCAGUACUCCUUAUUUUUCUUGUAAUUGUUGUAUGCACGACCCCACCAGCAAUGCUGGUCUUUUCAUCGUGCCAUAAACUAAGGUUCUUACCUACCCACCUACCUACCUACGUACCUACCUAUCUAUCUAUCUAUCUAUCUAUCUAUCUAUCUAUCUAUCUAUCUAUCCAUCCAUCCAUCCAUCCAUCCAUCCAUCCAUCCAUCCAUCCAUCCAUCCAUCCAUCCAUCCAUCCAUCCAUCCAUCCAUCCAUCCAUCCAUCCAUCCAUCCAUCCAUCCAUCCAUCCAUCCAUCCAUCCAUCCAUCCAUCCAUCCAUCUAUCUAUCUAUCUAUCUAUCUGUCUGUCCGUCCGUCCGUCCGUCCGUCCUUCCGUCCAUCCGUCCGUCCGUCCGUCCAUCCAUCCAUCCAUCCAUACUAAGUAGCUAUGGAAAAUGUCAUUACUUUCAUGCGAUAUUAAUAUCUUAUAACACGGACAACAAAUUCAGCAGGAAUACGCGCGAACUGAAUAAACUGUUUGUUGCAUAGGGUUCUGUUCAACUUACACUUUUUCCUGUGCUGAACAUUUACUGUACCGAGCCGUAUCUUGGUCCGGUACAAAGAAGCUAUGUAUAUUUAUACUGACAGAGUCAUGGACCCCUGAUAUCGAUAAACAUCAUCGUUCAAUUUUUCGAGUGUAGAAUUCCUGAAAGAGUACUCCUCAAUGGAGCAAUAUCAAUAUGUAGAAGGUUUUCAAAGCUUUCACACCGGUUUGAGGCUAAGAUGUGCAGUCUGUCUCUCCUUGCAAUUUUUACUUUUUGAGUAUAUAUGUUGCAGUUAAUUUUUUUUAUUUCAGUUAAUUUUUAUAUUUCCUUUGUUUCAAAUUCAUUAGCAUUCAUUAUCAUACCCAAAAACAAUGUAAAAAUGAAAAUUAACUGAGAUAAAAAAUUAACAACAACAUAUACAUUAUGACAUACAACACUCGUUUUGUAUUCCAAACGAAAAAGUAGUAUAACGGCACGGGGGCCUUUGACAUUAAAACUCAUCUCCAAGCAAGCGAGACUCAACGCUACUAAGAGCGUUCUUGUUGUUUUAGUAUAAUUACAUUGAUGAUUAUUCGAGAAAAUAAAAUUAUUGAUCAAUUUCCGACUCCGAAACAUCAACAAAUCUGGCUGCCAUUUUGAAAACUGCUAGCCUUCAAUCAUGAUCACCGCGCGGUGAUUAUAGCGGGAUGAAGCGAAGCUCCUAGCCAAUCAUGGCGCUCUAUUUUCGAUAAUCGUCAAUGUAAUUAUACUAAACUCCAAUAGUCAGUGUUUACCGAGGUGGUCCAGUAAACAGUGGCGUUCCAACAGAUUCUGAGGGUCCGGGUUCGAAUCCCUUUGAAGCAAAUUUUUCAUAACUUUAUUUUAUUAUUUUUUUUUAAUCCUUUUUUUACUCUCUUUUUUACCUGUGUGGUGCAUAUAGCUAGAAAGAAAUUCCACGUUUGAAAGGGGCCUAACAUGACAGAAGUUUCAGCUUAGUGGUUUGCAGGCUAUUAUUAAGUUGUUGUUUUCAUUUUAGUAAGAGCAAUUCGUUUCUCUCUUUGUAAAUCCAUUUUAUUAAUCGGCUUUUGCGCGACUUAAUAAUCAGCUGUAAUAGUUGAUUUUACUUUCUCUUUGACACGAUCAGUUGUGUGUCACUGGACAUGAUUUGUAUAUCAAAAAAAGCAAUCAAUUUUCAGCCAUCGAUUUCAAUAAAAUCAAAUGGAAUCACUUCUCACUAUAGCGGACAACCUCGAACCGUGACUUCGUGGUAUAAGUGUGCGGCACCGAAGAAAGACGAUAAAGCUAACCCUUUUUGAUCAAAUUAUUGGAAGGUUUAAACUCGAAGCUUUAUAUAGUGUAAAAUAAUUAUAAUUUACUUUUACCGGUAUCGCUUGUAAUAAAAAUAGUAACAAUGAUAAUAAUAAUGAUUAAAAUUCCUGUAAAAGAUCAAUGUAAUGGGCAUCUUGAUCCAAGAGGGGAACCCCUCCCUCAUUUGUGCAAUUCUAGUCAAGGCCUUCUUUCCAUAUUCUUCCUAAUUUAAUAGAAAAAUUUAAGCCGUGCCUUAUUCUAUAGUUUUUACUCAUAUAUUUUUUUAGAUUUUCUUUGCUCCUCGAGAGAAUUUCAAUGUAUUAAAUGUAAUUGUAAAGUUUCAUUUUCAUUUUCGAUUUUUUGAUAUGUUAGAGCAAAAAAAGUCGGCUCACGUCGCUCCAAUCUUAAAGAGUUUGCUCCGCUGGCUCCCAUUAAAAGAAAGAAUUAAGUUUAAGAUUCUGUUGGUCACGUACAAAAUCCUCCAUGGCUUCGCUCCAAUCUAUUCAAAUGAGCUGCUAUUUAACUACACGCCUCACCGUUUACUACGGUCAAGCAGCAUAAACCUGCUGUCUAUUCCAAAGACUAGAACACGGUUACCUAUGGCGACAGAUCCGUCUCAGUGAUUGCACCAAAGCUCUGGAAUGACCUACCCAUUACAAUCAAACAGUGCUCCACAGUUGACUCUUUUAAAUCAAGAUUUAAAAGUUUUCUUUUUAGCCGCGUGUAGUGUUGGAUUAGGUCAAUAAUUUAUUGUAAAAAGCAUUGAGACUUCCAUGCGUUGUGGAAUGCUUUUUUAAGCACCUUGUUAUUAUUGUUUCGCAGUAUAAAACUUUGGAAUGCUGUCCACAUUAUGAGUAGUAUAGGGCGCAUAACGUAACCUACACCACUUGAGAAGCUAUACUUACACCACAUAACCACCUUCCCACAUAACCUGCAUAGGACUUCGCGGUCUUCUCCUUUGUGUAGAGCUUCGUAGGCAACAGCUGCUCAUACAGUUCAUACAUGCUCGCGAUGGUAUAUGUAGGGCAUGAAGCCCAACCUUUUGACCAUGCAAAGCAGCUGGUUAUGCUUGGGCUCUCAUCUUCCCAUCUGAUACGGAAUAACUUUCCUUGCCACUUUUUGCCUUUAGCGAUCUCCAAGAACUGCUUCUCUUGAGAUUGCUUCAACAGAUUCCCAGCUCUUGCUGCAGUCACCACCUUUCCUUCUGUUGUAACACACACGGGAUUUAGGGAGUCAAGCUGAAGUGUGAUGUUGAGUUCUUCAGCGUACUUUACUGCUUCCUUUACAAGCGACUGGUGGCCUAAUGCCAUGGCGUGUUCUUCAAAUUCUCUAGCUGUUUCCAUGGUCUGGUCCGGAUUCUGAUACAAUUUCAGUAGCGAUUUGAUUUUAGUGAUCUUGUAAUGGUGUUCUACUGAUCGCAGGCCUCUACCCCCUUUCUCCCUCGGUAGAUAUAACAAAGAAGUUAGGCUAGCUUGGUGCUUGCCACCGUUCUCAACGAUGAUCUUCCGAGCUGCUCUGUCCACAUCUCUUAACUCUGAUAGAGGCCAAUGCUAUGUCCACAUUAAGUACCGCAGGACCGGGAGUGCAUACUGAUAAGUUGCCUGUACACGGUUACAAUCAGACAUGGAGCUGGACCAUAUAACAGAUAUCCUGCGUAAAUACUGUUUAGCCGCGCACGCUAGGGCCAGCCGUUCAUCCUGCCGAACGUUCUCUAGCACCCCCACGAAUUUGUAUUAUUAUUAUUAUUAUUACUAUUAUUAUUAUUAUUAUUAUUAUAAUCAUAACUAUAACAAAAUAGUAAAAUCUGAUUGGCUAUCAACUGCCCUGAUUUCAGCCUUAAUUGGACAGUUUCAUAGGACAGUACGCGUCAUGCCUGAGUAAUUGGACAGUACGCGCCAUCACGCGCGCGCUUAAAUGGCUUUUUUUCACCGCUAGCAAAACAAAAUUUCAAAUUUCUUGUGUUUUGAUGUAAAAAAUAGCCCAUUAUAUCACAAAUUUUGUUAAAGUUAUGAUUAAUUGGUAACAGAACUUCGUGUCGUCCAAUUCGGUCUGUAAUCAUACUCGUGAUUAAACAAAUCGGACUCCCGCUACGCGGUCGUCCGAUUUUGUUAAUCACUCGUAUGAUUACAGAUCGAAUUGGACUCCACUCAGUCCUGUUACCAUUACUUAUUUUUAUUACUAUUAUUAUUAUUAUUAUUAUUAUUGUUGUUGUUGUUGUUAUUAUUAUUUUUAUCAUGAAUAGCACUGAUUUCACGACGCCACGACUGGUUUCCCCGCGAAAUGAAGUCUGAGGAACAAGCGCAGAAAUUCCAUACUGAUGACGUGUCACUACCCAGAUCUCGGUAGUGCUUCUGACUGGUCGUCUCGCGAGGGAAUUUGCUUCAACCACUAAGAAGCACUUCGCAGAUCUGGGUGGUGAUACGUCACCAGUGUGAAAUUUCGUUUCUUAGACGAUACUUUGUGGGAAAAACAGAAUGAGUGGUGGCGUUGCGAAAUGUCGGCUGUUUUGUCAGGCUACAAAACAAUUUGCACGUUUCUCUUGCCCGUUUUAUCUUAGCUUAAGUGACUCUAGGACUUUCAUUUUGUUCUAUUAUAACAGGUAACAUUGAGGAUGCAGAAACCAAUCCUGCUUGCAAUGGACAGUACACUUUUAUACAGUUUAUAGCUUCUGCUGUGUGUUACAAAAAUCCACUGACAACUGGCCGAUAUCUUGGCAUUAAAACCACGAAGAAACAGUUUCUUCAGCUUUGCGAGGUGGAAGUUUACUCGCGAGGUAACCGUCUGAUUCUUAAAUUUGCAUCGACAAUUGGUGGCUCCACUCUUUUUUUUUUCUUUUGACAUAAUAUUAAUGUGCCUUGAUAUACAGAGAACUUGUCAUUUUAUUGUUGAUUAAUUAAGUAAUUUUUAUUAUUGAAUUGAAAUAUACUUAACAAUUAUUCCUCGAGCCCUAAUGAGCCCUGAGUCAAUAGCCCAUGAGGCCCAAGCCUCAUGGGCUAUUGACUCAGAGGCCAUGAGGGGUAGAGGAAUAAUUGUCUUAGUAAAAUCCAACUAGUUGGUCAAAAAUAACGAGACAAAACAGAUUUAGCUAGUUAAAGCUAGACUUAAAUCCCUUUUGCCGCCAAAAAGCCGGCACUUUUCGCUACUAGUGGGCUAUAACAUAUAGCCUAGUAGUAGCUCAACCAAUCAGAACGCAGCAUUGAUAAUAGACCACUAGUUGGAUUUUACUAAGAAAUGAUAGCCGUCCCGCACCUCGAGUCACAUACCCUCGAAAGGGAAGUCUGAAUCAACGAGCCGAUAAUGCCGUCCAAUUACGCCUCUACUCCUCGGUUUAAUUUAUGCAAAAAGUAAAACAAGAUUGGAAACUGGCAAACAAAGACAUAUCACUGAGAAUUAGGUCUACCUGGUACAGAAUUGUUUU